AUGGCUUCGAUGACGGAUCGUGACGGACUGGUUACCCUGUUUCGUUCGGCGCGCGGGGCUAGCUGGAGGAAGAGAGAGAACUGGGACACGGAUGCUGCGCUAUCAACAUGGUUUGGAGUCGAAGUCAACUUCGAGGGCCGCGUAGUGCGGCUUGACCUGCUGAACAACGACCUCCAAGGUGCGAUUCCGGCGCAGCUCGGCGCUCUAAAUAAGCUCACGGUGCUUGACCUGUAUUUCAACCAGCUCAGUGGUCCCAUCCCAUCCGAGCUUGGGCACCUUUCAGCACUCAAGGCGCUCUACCUUACGAACAACGAGCUGAGCGGUCCCAUUCCGCCGGCGCUGGGAAAGCUCGCAGCGCUUCAAGAUCUGCACCUCUACGGGAACCAGCUAAGCGGUCCCAUUCCGCCGGCGCUGGGAAAGCUCGCAGCGCUUCGAAGUCUGUACCUCCAAGGGAACCAGCUAAGCGGUCCCAUCCCGCCGGAGCUCGGGAACCUCGCAGCGCUGCAACAACUCGACCUUGGCGGGAACGCGCUAAGCGGUGAAAUCCCGGCGUUGCUAGGACAGCUCAGGGACCUGCAGGUGCUCAGUCUACACAGUAACAAGCUCACAGGCCCCAUCCUAUCGGAGCUUGGGCACCUUUCAGCACUGAAGAAGCUCUACCUUUCCUUCAACCAGCUGAGCGGUCCCAUUCCGCCGGCGCUGGGAAAGCUCGCAGCGCUUCAAGAGCUAUACCUCUACGAGAACCAGCUAAGCGGACCGAUAUCGGAAGAGCUAGGGAAGCUUACUGCGCUACAGCGUCUAUAUCUGCACUCAAACUACCUCUCAGGUCUUAUCCCUCCGGAGCUAGGGAAGCUUGGCGCCUUGAAGAGACUCAAUCUCAGCAUCAACAAGUUAGAUGUGUUUCCUAGAUUGGUGGCGGAAGGGUUUGCGGCUAGAAACGUGACCGUCGGCACCGAAAACAACCCUUGGAAGGAGCCACCAGCCGAGGUGAUGAACAAGGGCAUGGCCCACGCGGCUGUUUUCCUCAGGGACUUGGAUGACUACGGCAGGGCAUGGUCCAACCGCCUGAAGGUUGUGUUGGUUGGAUUGGGCGAGGCAGGGAAGACCAGCAUUGCCACCCGACUCGAAGACCGACUCGGCUCUAGCUGUCCGAAACCCGAGGAGCGCACCGUUGGCGUGGAGAUACGGGACAUCAAGCUAGGACCUGGCCCAACCAACGAAGGAAGUGGGCCGAAUGUCGAGCUAGACGUCAGCCUGUGGGAUUUUGCUGGGCAGAGAGCAUACUACGACACGCACCAGAUGUUCCUUACACCAGGCGCUCUCUUCGUUCUGGUUGUAGAUAUGUUCACAUAUACGGAGGGGCAGUCACGGGAGGAUGCGCUCGAACAGUGGCUUGAGAUUCUGCAGGCCAGAGUCCCGGGUUCCGUUGUGCUGCUGGUGGGAACGCACACCGACUUAUUUGCAGAGAAUGCGGCCGAGUGCACCAGGCGAACGGAUCGCUUCAAGAAAGAUGUGGAAGAGAUCAUGACGCGAUUGCGCUGCGAAUGUGACUCAGCCAAGGACCGUGUGGAAACAGAACUGGGAGAGGGACACACCACGGAUUUGAAGGGGAACCCCCGCUACCAACCCCUCCGCGUUGUGCUGAAAGAAGAGUUGCUUGCCCUGGACCUUACUUCCUCGGACGGGCAAGAUAUUGAUCUGCUUCAGCAGCGUUUAGAGCACCUUGCCUACAACGGGUACGACGGCUACUCAUUCCCAUCCGUGAGGAGCGUCGUACCGGAACCUUAUUUGCCAGCCAUCGCAACGCUGGAAGCUGUUCGUAGGGGCGCGGAUUUACGUGGUUCCGGCAGGACACGAGAAGCGGUGGCGCAAAGGCUUGGGGAGGGGGACCCCAAGAAACGUCGAAGCUUCGUCAGAUUCUCGGAGGCCGUAUCGCUUUUUACCAAGCAAAAGGGAUCCAUGUUCUCUCGGGUUUCCAACUUAUUUCGCCGGGCUGGUGAACCACGGCGCAUAUUUCUCGCCGCUGUCAAGUCACACGAAGCUCAUGGCGCGAUUCUUCUGACUGGGGUUGACGGGGGUGGAGGUUCUCAGGAGCAACAUAACACGGGCAUUGGUGCUGCGGCUUCAGCAGCGGACCUCAUCAUCCACGUGAACCCGUCCCGGUUUGCUGAUCUGGUCCGCCGCGUGGUCGACGUUCGGUUGGUAGACCCGCGGCAGCAAGCAAAGGUGGAAGAAGCGAUGGAGGCGUGCACGUCAGUGAGGCCAAUGCUAUUGACACUCACAGAUCAGCACAAGCGGUUUGUCAAGGCGGGAGAGGUGAGCAAAGACUACCUCAAGUUUCUGUGGCUUCGAGACAUGGACUUGGGCGAGGCAAGCCAAGAGGCACCGCCUCUGGAGAUGAGCGAAGCUGACGUCGAGGUGAUGGUGGGUAGCUUGCUUGACGUCCGGUUCAUGUAUCGAGUACGUGAUGGUCAGCACGCGUUCGUGCCGGACCGUUACGUUGUCGCAAGCUGUCUACCGAACAAAGCUGGUCUGAACGUGGAUCCAGGGAAGAUUUUAGAACUGAAGAUGGGAAGUGCGAUAUAUUCGCAGAAGCUGAAGCUUGUUGGGGCACAUGCUGUGCCCCCGGGGCUGGUGCCUCGAUUGCUGGCGUGGUGUGGGCGCGGGGAGGGGCGUAUCAAGGCGUGCUGGAAGCGAGGCGUGUGUUUUGCGUUCAAGAACCACUUGGUGUUGCUGUACGAGGUUCGGGCUAUUGAUGGAACAUCGUGGAUUGAAUGCCAUGCAAGGGGAAACGUGUCCGACGAUGAUAGUGCGAGGACGGCUCUGAAAGACAUCGGCGACCAGGUUCACGAGCUUAUCAACGACCACAAGUACGGGUUCCCCGGCCUUGGCCUUGUCCGUAGUGGAGAGUCCGAGGAGACAGUUAUCUCUUCGGACAGUGACCACAAGGCUUUGUUGGAGCGUAUCGUGGACGUCCUGAGGGACCAGAUGAACGUCAAGUUCAUGAUGGAUAGAAGCAUGAGGCAGGACGUGGCCUUCCUACGGUGGCCGAUCCCCCGCCUGGUGUGCGUGCUCCCCGCCCCCGAGAGCCGGGCGAAGCCCCUUGAGGAGAAAGAUAGGUCAUUCGAGCAGUGGUCGGCCACCCUGCGGAACUGGUGCGUCGACGGGAAGAGGACGGGCAAGGGGUUUGCGACGCGAAAGCUGCGGGUGUUCUUCCUCUGCCCGUACGACAGGAGCCUCGCGGAGUGCGGCCCCGGAGGGCAAGGCUAUGAGGUGACGGAGUUGCUGGGAUGGGCAAAGAAGGCGAUGCCGUUUGCGGAGGUAGGUCGGGCCCUCGCCUCAAUCGCGCUCAGGGUGUGCAUUGGCCUUGCAAUUCCUGAGGUGGACUUCGAGGCCACCCUUGGGACUGUAGCUGGCGGAGCCUUGUCCAAGUUCGCCGAGGAAUCACUGAACUCGGGCAUCGAGUCUGUGGCGAGCAUCGCCGGGGAGAGACUGGACGGCGGUAGGGCGGAGGGGCUGCCCCAGGGGGCCGGAGCGCACGGGGCACAACAGGGAUGGCCUUCCCCUGUGCAAGGGUUCACCUACGAAACACUCAAGGAGGUUAUCAAGAGUUUCGAAGUUGAUGGAAUGCGGGGCAGGUCUCCCUUCCCGAGCUUCGACGCCAAGAUGCAUCUCGUGGACAGGGGUGGGCGAGGAGAAGAGUGGGCAUGGGUACGGACCAAGAACAUUGACCAGUUCGCGGGUGCGUGA